GCAUCUAAUCCCUGAAUCCGUACACCCUAGAAUCUCUAUCGCAUUUUCUAGGCCGCCCCAGCGACAACGGCGGCUCUCAAUUCUCCCGCCACGUCGAAAUUUAAUCGGGUGCCAUUCGGAUCGGCUGCCUCCUAUCGAACCGUUCAACUCCCGGGCUGCCAGUCGAGGAGGAAUAGGUUGUGGUCGCCGGUACCUGGGGAAUCCAAUUCUGCGUCUCCCAUCUCACCCGCCCCGCUCUCAUCCUCGACCCCGUGCUGGGCUGGCUCAGAACAAGCUUCUGGGUCGGGUCAGCGGAUGCGCAUGCCUCGCGCAUCAAAUUCAACCAAGCGACAGCAGGGAGCAAGCAAUCAGCGCGACACCCGCCAUGAGAAUGGCCUGGUAGGCCCGGGCAAGCGCGUCAUCAAGCGAAAGAGCCAAACCCAGCUUGAUGACGGCCCCAAGCCCGCCGUCGACAGCGCCUCCGUCCCGCCCGUCCCGCUCGUGCCCCCGAUUUCGAAUGGUUUCCCCGCGCUCCCCGAGGACAUGCCCCCCGAGCACAGGGCGACCGAGCUGCUGCGGCGCGGCUCGCUAGGCACCUACUCCGAGUCCUCUUCGACCGAUUCGCAGGCCGCGCCUCCGUCCACCCAUGCCGUUGCCGAAGAAUUCCACCGUCGGAUCGAUGUCAAUGAUGCGAAGAAUACCAAUGUCCACCGCGACCCAGGCCCUUUGGACCUUGCCAUCACCGUCCUACGGUCCUGUCCCCUCGCUGACACCAUUGCCAUCUUGAUCAUCCUCAUGCAGCUGUCGCCUGCCGUGCUAGCCACCAUCUACAUGCUGUUUACCGUCCUGACUUUCGUCCCUCCCGUGACCACCAGCUCGGGCCUCAGCAUCACCGAGAUUUUUGACGGUAGCCAGGGCACGCCCUCCCUGUGGACGCUGGUGUGGAUGGAUGGCAUCAUGCUGCUUAUUUGGUUGUUUCUUUGGGCUCCGAUGCAGCAGUUCAUACUGGAUCUCGCCCAGGUCGUCAUCUCUUUCACGCUUGGCGGCGGAGGCACUUCGAGGCAGGGAACGACGCCCAACAUCAUGCUGUGCGUUGGUAUCGUCGGAGUGUCGCAUUGGUCCCAGCGGCUCAAUGGCCUGUCUCGUCUAAGCUCCUUUUUUGGUGGUUCGAACUGCUUGUUCAUCUGCGACACGGACCCAAAUGCACGGAUGUUCGACAAGAAGGGUCCUUACGGAUGGGUUAGGAGCGUUUUGGCUAUCCACAUUCUGACUCAGGGUCUCGUUCGAUACAUUCGGGAAUGGUACUUGCGAAGGGAAAGACGGGACUUGCAAUCACAAGCCCUGCUUGAUCCAGAGUCGGGCAAGUCGGUGUCCUUACCGGCCGAGGGCUGCUCUGACGUUGCUCUCCUGGCGGCCGACAGCGAUGCUCACUUACAGACCAGCGCCGCCCAUCUCUCGGGCAAGAAGAGGCGAAAGCAAAGCGCCCAGGUCAGGAUAAAGCAACCUCUUUGGGCGGCUCUCGCCAGCACCAAGAUUGUCAUGGUCAAGGAAUACGAGCUGUCGCACGCAGCAAGCGAAUCAGCCGGAUCGAACGCGACCGAUAUACACAAUCUCGGCAAUGCACCUUUCAAUACCCAACCCGAGCAAAUUUGGAUCUGCUACGUCGGCUGCGACGAGGUUUGCUUCAGUACCAGCCACUUUCCGGAUGUUGGUGACGAUGACCACCCCCAGGAGGUCAGCAAAUCGGGUAUUGAUGUUUCCAAGCCAUUUUACGUCAGGGUGAACAACGCCAUUUGGCAGCCAACACGCAUCAUUCCGAUCGAGAACCCGGAGGAGGAGAAUUACCGAGGCACGCGUUGGACCGGCGACAUAUAUGGCCUGACCCCUCUUUCCAACUACGAAUGCGAAUUUGUCAGCACGCGGACGGGCGAGGUCAUCUUCUCCACGAGCGUCAGAACUGUUCCAGCCAAGAGGAAAGACGCAGAAGCGGCUCCCAAGGCGGCAAGCAACUCGCGGUCGCAUGCGCGGCACGACUCUCCGGCGACGACGCUGCGAGCAUCGAUUGCGGCUGCCGAGAUCAAGCUGGCGGAUGAGAAGGCCCGCCUCAAGGCUGUGCGGAAGGACAACAACCGGAAACUGAACGCCGCGCGGAAGGAGAUUGAGAAGCUCACAUCAGCCGUCCAAUCCGCCGGGGGCGACGACGAGAAACUGCGGCAAAAGAUCGCACAGAACAAGAUCCAGGAGAAGCGGGCUGAGGACUCCACGUGCGAACUGGAGGUACAGCUGAAGGAGCUCGAGGUGGUACCAGAGGAUCUGCUCAACAAUCAUCGCGCUAAGCAUACCGAGUGGACUUCGGAGAAAGCAAAGUUCGACCAGGCCCACGCAACGUUCAAGAGCUUCAAGGCCUCAAUUGACAAGCAGAUCAAAGCGCUGGACGAGGAAAAGGCCAGCCUGCAGGCGAAGAGAAACAAGAUUGCCGCCCGCAUCGCCAAGGUCGACGAUGAGCACGCCCGCAUUACGGACGCGAACGCGCGGGGACUGAACGAGGCCGAGCGGCGCCGCCAGGAGCGCGCUAACCUCACGGCUGAACUCGCUAGGGCGGAGCAGAACCUUAGAGAUCGAAUCCAAAAUAUGCGUGCGGCUAACGCUGCCAAGCAGGCGCAGGUCCACGCUAUGGCUGCCCAUCUGCAAGAGUACUUGGCCACCUUCCAGGACGAGACGGCAUACGACAUGGCGCCCCAAGCAAACCCCUACGCGACCGCAGGACCUUGGGCGGCGCCUGCCUCCCAGUUCAGCGCCCAAUCUGCUUGGCCCCCUGUGUCGAUGCCCGCCCAAGUCACUCCUCUCAUGGCCCCUUCCCAACUCUCCGCUUUCUCGACCCCGCUACAGCUGGGUACCCCGCCGCCACCGCACCGCACCAGAGGCCGUUCCUCCUCGAUGCUGAGCAACAUCUCGGGCUUCACGCAGUCGACGGACGAGGACGAGCAUGACAGCGGCAGCCUAAAUAACGCGAGCGCAGCCGUAGGGGCGUCGGCAGGCGGCGGCGGCGGCUACCAUCAGCAUAGCGGUGGCCACGGCGGCGGCAGCGACAGCGCCCAGGGAACUCCCGCCGGAACGGCGACGCUGCGUGGGCCCCCGCCCAGUUUCAACCUCGAGGGCGGGCCUGCGUCCUGCGGGUCAGGAUCGUCGUCGGGCUUUGGGUCUGCCGGAUCUGGCCGUAGUAGCGUGCGGUCGGGCAGCGGCAGCGGCGCGAGUCUUGGCGAGGCAGCGAGCCCGGUUUGAUAGGGCCCUGGGGGCGAGGUCGUUGGGCUGUUGAGGCUGUGACAGGUCUUGACAUUGACGUCCAUCGGUCUCCAAUCUGACUUCUGCUGUCUGUCUGUCUGUCUGUCUGACUGUCUGUGCUUAGCCUGGCUCGCCUGAGCUGGUGUUGCGCUGUGGUCUGGCCGGGUUGAAUCCCUUUUGUUGUCCUGAGCGUUGGCGGAAGCAAGCGUGUCUCCCUGGCCGUCUGUGCCGAGCGAGUCUAUACCUGCAUUGGGUUUUUGUAUAGCCUUGGACAAAUGCUAAAAGUUGUUGGCUUGCCCUUUUUUCCCUUGACUUGAUGUCGACUUUGAUUUGCUUUUGAUGUGGUCCGUCUACGCCUUUACCCUGGCAAUGCCCUUUCCCACUCACUGGAUGUCAUGCUCAUUCAUCUUGCGGUCGGUGAUGCUUAGUACCUUGGACACGCUUGUCACCCGUGAGUGCUCCAACCUG